GGUACUUCCGGCUUAAGACCCGGAAGUGAUCGUGGUGCAGAAGGCGGAUCCCCGUUCCUCUCUCCGCCAACUUCUUCAGAUCGGGCUGUUUGUCUUUUGUGCGGCUCGUGUUAAGGUUAAGGUUUGGUAAAAAGUAGCACUCGAGUCUCUCGUCACAGUACCAGAGGUUCCCUGAUCGGCUAGCCGGUUAGCUUGUUAGCUCAGAGCUGUUUCCGGUAGGGUAGCUGUUAGCCCGUUAGCUCGUUAGCCCUUUAGCUUACAGAACUAAGAGAUAAGAUGUCGGACACGGAUCUGACGUGGGCGCUGAAGAACGGGGACCUGGACGCGGCGAAGAGCCUCCUUAAGGCGGAGGAUGUGAACCGGACCCUGGAGGGGGGCCGGAAGCCGCUACACUACGCUGCAGACUGCGGCCAUGCAGAGAUCCUGGAGUACCUCCUCUCUCAGGGGGCCGAUGUCAACGCCCCGGACAAACAUGGACUGACCCCGCUGCUGUCGGCCAUCUACGAGGGGCACCUGUCCUGUGUCAGGAUCCUCCUAGAAAAGGGUGCCGACAAAGAGCGGAAAGGUCCGGAUGGGCUGAGCGCCCUGGAGGCGGCCGAGACGGAUGCCAUCAAGGCCCUGCUGAAGUGAGGGGGCGGAGAGAGGGGGAGGGAGGGGGGGGAGAGAAGGCUGCAGGACGGGGGGUCAGAGGGGGAGAGACAGACGGACAGAGGGGGGGAGUGUUUGUCGAGGACUAAAGAUGAGCAGGCCUCCCCUCUCCUGUGCUAGUGCGAGACCCCCUCAGUCUGCAGGCCGCCGUCAGUCGGAGUGGGGGAGGGGGGGGGGGGGUCGAUGGGGGGGAGGGGGGGUCGCCUGUUGUUUUUGGGGUGUUUGUUUUUUCUUUUUUUCUAACGGUUUGGUUUUUUCUCUCCUUAUUGCUUGAGUUGUUGAGUGACAGGCAGCAGCUUGAGUUGUUGAGUGACAGGCAGCAGCUUGAGUUGUGGAGUGACAGGUAGCAGGUGGACGUAUGGUCCUGAAACACUGAGGGGUGGCUUCGCCCCCCUCCUUAACAGAUUUCAAAAUAAGUGUUCUUUCAAACAUGCAAAUAACGCCAAGCUUCGCACUUAAAACUCACCGCUUUUAUUUCUUAUCUUACGAGCCUCUUCCACCGUUAACAGAACACCAUGGGUAGGGUUAACCAGGGUUAGCUAGUUCUCUAGUGGGUCACUCCUGUUUGUACUACUCUGCAUAAGGAAGGUAUCGUACGGACGCUCAUCCACAGCGAUUCGCACUGUACUACAGUACUGUAUUAAAGCACUGUACUACAGUACUCUAUUACAGCACUGUACUAGACUGUACUACAGCACUGUACUACAGUACAGUACUAGACUGUACUAGAGCGGUUCAGUUACUAUACAAUAAGACAUCAUGAAUUGCCGGGUCUUCCUCUGUCUAAUAACUUAUUCCGAUUUUAGUUUUGUGUGUUUUCUGCAGAAAGGGAAGCAUCAUUUGUACACCCUCCCUGAUUGGCCCUUGAGUGAUUACAUAUCAAUACACGAAUUCAUGACUUACAUGGCCAGUGUAAAAAGAUGCAGCCCAUUCUAUUUCGUCAAAUCAUCAUGCUGGCUCUCUAAAAAGAGUAAAUAAACCCAGAUUGGUUCCUGAACCCAGAUUGGAUUUUAAAACGGCAUUAAAGGAGCCCAAUCAAUCCAAACCGAGCCCUCUGGGGGAGUCGGUCCUGAAGGCUGAGGCCCAUCUGUGGUGUAGAGGAGAGGGGAGACCGCGAGAGAGCUAAAGGGUCGCUGCUGGGCGACCGCCGGAGAGGUCGAGGUCGCUGCUAGGCGAGGACGAGGAGCAGGACUGAGGUGUCACGCUCAUCCGUUUUCUAAAUCAGCAGCCCGGGCGGGGAUAAGAGAACUGCCUCUGCUAUUAUUCUUAUUCUUAUUAUGCUCUGAAAUGGUGGCUGUCCUCUCGGUUGCUUUCCAAUAUUACUACAUUGCAAUGGAACAAAAUGCUCUUGCUAACUUUGUUGUGACAAAAAGUCUGUAUGAACUGAAAUAAAAACAAAAUCCAUACUAUU